AUGGACGUUGAUAGCGGGCCCGGAGAGGCGAUUCAACCUCCGGAGUCUACAGAUGGGCGCGUCUUUUAUCGACCUUCCCCGGACACGUAUAAGCCGCGGAAAAAGGUGUUGGACGAGGCCGAAAUCGAAACGGUGACGGCGGAUUGGCAUUUUUCAGAUGAGUUCGUAUCCACCCAGGAGCCUGGCUCAUUGGUGGAAAACAAGUUGCCAUGGCAGGUAAAGUGGUACCUCCGCUUCGUCCCGCCGAAGAGCCCGGAAGAGCUGGAGAUCGGAAAACACUGGCGGUACGAUGCGCCUAGCCUCGACGGGUUACUGUCGGUCGCACCGGAGAAACCUACCGUGCUUACACCGACACCGUUGGGGGGGCUGAAGAGCAUGGCGAUGAAGGUGCUCUCGGGGAUCGUGCAGGACUCGCUCGCGCAAAACUCGUUUCAGAAGGCCUGCGAGGGGUACAUCACGAGGGACACGGCCGGGAGCACGGUCUCAUCCCAGCUGCGCAUGCCUGAGGGGCAGAGUGGCAAUAAGCGCUCCAUACUCGAGGCCUACACAUCGCAGAAGGAAAAGGCCAAAACGGCCAAGACUUCUUAG